CCGAUGAAACCUCGAGUCCCCAUCCGUCCGUCCAAUAUUACAAUUCAAUUUCAAAUACCAGAGAGGGAGGAAAGAAAGCUUUCUUCUCCCUUCCUUUCAAUUUCGCAGCAAAAAAAAUCCUCUCUUUCUCCUCUCUCUCUCUUCUUCUCUCUCCUUCCGUACGGAUCGAAGCCGGAUUCCGUAUUCCCGGCGAAUAUUUCCGGCCGACAUUCGUUAGAUUCCGGCAAUACUCUCCUUCCAGGGGACGAUUCCAUCCCCCUCUCUCAAUCUCCCUCUCCUCCUUCGAUCUCCGAUCCGACGGUUCAAAAUCUCUCAGGAGUUUCGACGCGUAUGAUGCGUUCCCGCGCCGAGGAUUUCUUUUCCGGCGGAAGGCGAAAUCUCGCAGUCGGAAAUUCGUUUUCUUUAGCUAUUUGAUUUUUUAUUUUUUCUCGAUUGCCGAAUUCGGGAAGUGAUGGAGAAAGGCGUACAAUCAGCCGCGCCAGCAUCGGUGCCGGCAUCAGUGCCGUCGGUGCCAGUGUCUGCAUCUGAUUUCCAGCCGAAGAAGCUCGCCAGGCAGCUGGAUUUCACGGCGUUCUGUGGUGGUGCGGCUGCUGCUGCUGUCGUUUCGGAGCCAUUGCCUCCGCAGCCAGCUCUCCGUCCUUUGUUGCCGGCUGCCGUUGUAAAGCCUGAACUCCCAAGGCCACAACCGCAGCCUAGCUUCGAAGGAAAAGAUGGUACUCCAAAGAAACAAAAACAAUGCAAUUGCAAACACUCGAAAUGCUUGAAGUUGUACUGUGAGUGCUUUGCAUCCGGAGUUUACUGUGAUGGAUGCAAUUGUGUAAACUGUUACAAUAAUCCUGACAAUGACGCUGCAAGGCAAGAGGCUAUUGAACUUACUCUAGAGCGCAAUCCGAAUGCUUUCCGACCGAAGAUCGCUAGCAGCCCACAUGUAACUCGGGAUAGGAGGGAGGAGGCAGGAGAACUCCCGCUGGUGGGAAAACACAACAAGGGAUGUCACUGCAAGAAGUCAGGGUGUCUCAAGAAGUACUGUGAGUGUUUCCAAGCCAACAUUCUUUGCUCUGAAAAUUGUAAAUGCAUAGACUGCAAGAACUUCGAGGGUAGCGAUGAGAGGCGGGCUCUCUUCCACGGUGACCAUGGCAGUGCUCUGAGCUACAUGCAGCAGGCUGCUAAUGCUGCUAUUACUGGGGCUAUUGGAUCUUCUGGCUAUGCUUCUCCUCCAGCAACUAAAAAGCGAAAAAACCAGGAAAUUUUUUUUGGCACAACAGUCAAGGAUACACCCAUUCACAGGCUUACCCAGUUCUCUCAGAUAAAUCAUCUGAAGGCCACUGCACCUUCCUGUUCCUUGUCUCCUAUUCCUUUAGCUCGUGCCGUAAAUCCUGCAGCAUCAGGAUCUUCGAAAAUCACAUACAGGUCUCUUUUAGCAGACAUCGUCCAACCAGAUGAUGUGAAGGAGCUCUGCAGACUUUUGGUAGUUGUAUCAGGAGAAGCUGCCAAGACAUUAGCAGAAAACAAGGGUCCAGUGGAGAAACAAGAUGAUAGAGAAGAUAAGACUGAAAGCUCUCUCGCGUCUUUGACACAAGAUUGUGAUGAUCACCCUAAAGAGCCAGAUAUUCGGAAAGUGCCAACCGAUGACCGUUUCAGUGUGAAUCAGACAGACAAGGCAGGUGCAGAUUCAUCUGGUUCGGAUAGCGCCGAUGCACAGAAAGGAAGGCCAAUGUCGCCUGGAACCCUUGCACUCAUGUGCGAUGAACAAGACACGUUCACAGUAUCAGCGUCACCUUCAGGAGCUGUAGGCCAUGGGCGCAGCAUGCCUCUCCAGAAUCCCUAUGGGCAGGGAAUGACGGAGAUCUAUGCUGAGCAGGAAAGGUGUAUCUUGACAGAGUUCCGGGAGUGCCUUCGAAAGCUCAUCACCUGUGGAAGAAUAAAAGAAGCAAAGUUUUCUUCAUUGGCUGCAAAACCCGAAAUUGCAAGUCAUUCAGGACCUGUCAGUACAAGUCAUUCAGGACCCGUCGGUAAUGGCAUUGCAAGGCUCACAGCUCCAGUUACUCCAGAGAUAUCUCCAGCAGUAACUGUCAUGGCUGCUGCAUCUAACAGUUGUCUGCCUCCAAGGAUCGGACGGCCUGCUGAAAAUGGAGAGUUGAAACCGAAGAUUGAGAAUGUGGAGAUGUAGAAUGAAGAGGGAAUAGGUUGAAAGCAUGUUGUUCUCCCGCUAAUGCUUGGCUACAGUUUGAUCUUGCAGCCAUUGCUGCUGUCAGUUAGCGAUUUGCUGUUCGAAAUCCGAUCGUGGUCAAAGAAUUGAUCAUGAUCGGACCCAUUUUUUUCUGAUCAUUAAUGUAUUUUUAUAUAAAUAGUUCUUCUCACAGCCUCCUAUGUUAAAGAGUGGUGCAUGAUCGUGCUUGUAGCCUUUCUGAUUGUGAGGAUAUGGUGCAUGACUGAAAGAAACAGCAAUUUUUCUUCGAUCCA